CAAAAUACAAACGCCACAUAUUUCCCCCAAAGCGUACAACCACUUUUACAAACACACACACAGACAACACUCGCCUCCCUCAGCUUGCACCAAUGGCAGCAGUGGUUUCUACAUCCUCUCUUUCCCAGCUCAACUCUGCUUUGCCUCGAUCUUCGUGCCCAAAACUCAACUCCAUUUCUGUCUCAACAACCCAGUCUUUCUUUCAGAAUGUCAACUCUCAUCUCACCCGGGUUUCUUCUUCCCGUUCCGGUGCUUGCAGAGGUGUGGUAGCUAUGGCCGGCUCAGGGAAGUUCUUCGUUGGUGGCAAUUGGAAAUGUAAUGGGACAAAAGACUCUAUUAGCAAGCUUGUCACAGAUUUGAACAGCUCAACAUUGGAAGCAGAUGUUGAUGUUGUAGUAUCGCCACCCUUUGUGUAUAUUGAUCAAGUAAAGAACUCUUUAACUGACAAGAUUGACAUAGCUGCCCAGAAUUCCUGGAUUGGAAAAGGAGGAGCAUUUACCGGAGAAAUUAGCAUUGAGCAAUUGAAAGAUAUUGGAUGCAAGUGGGUCAUUCUUGGGCACUCAGAGCGGAGACAUGUAAUUGGUGAAGAUGAUCAAUUCAUAGGAAAGAAGGCUGCGUAUGCCUUAAGUCAGGAUGUUGGUGUAAUUGCUUGCAUUGGUGAACUAUUAGAAGAAAGAGAAGGAGGAAAGACAUUUGAUGUUUGCUUCAGACAAUUAAAAGCCUAUGCAGAUGUUGUUCCCAGUUGGGAUAAAAUUGUGAUUGCGUAUGAACCUGUAUGGGCAAUUGGAACUGGCAAAGUUGCCUCGCCACAGCAAGCUCAGGAAGUACAUCAAGCUGUUCGUGAUUGGCUUAAGACGAAUGUUUCAGCAGAUGUUGCUUCUAAGACACGUAUAAUCUAUGGAGGAUCUGUUAAUGGGGGCAACUGUGCCGAACUGGCUAAAGAAGAAGACAUUGAUGGGUUUCUUGUUGGUGGUGCUUCACUGAAGGGCCCUGAAUUUGCAACAAUUAUCAAUUCUGUAACAUCAAAGAAGGUGGCUGCUUGAUCUUUGUGGUGUUUUGAUUUCAAAGUUUGUUAAAAAGCCUUCUUCAGAUGUAUGCAUCAAGCGAAGAACAAACUAGUUUGCUAGGUUUUAAUAAUUUUUUCUCCCCCUUCCUCAUGCCAAAAAAUAACCAAUUGGGAUAUGAGCCGAGCUGCUCAGCCCUAUAACUGAAAAGUGUUCACGAAAUAGAAUGAAUGGGAGUUUAAUUACUGCCAUUGCGUGCUGCACUGUUUAAAUGAGAAUUGUAUGUUGGCUGUUACUGAGAUGAACUGCGACUAUAUUAAAAAAUUAUAAAUUUUAUGA